ACGCUAGAGGGCACAACAGGCCUACACCAAUUCACAAUAUAUACACCGAUUUUGGACUCAACCGCAAAUGUGUAAUCGCACACGAUGUAUCUCAUGUGUACAUCUUCUCGUUCAUGCUACUCAUCUUUGAUAUUCUGAAGUUCUCUUCGUAUUUACAGUGUUCGAUCGGUAGAGUUUGACAGAACAUGGAGUUCAUAUAUGAUUCUGUUUUUGUUGAAUGAUGUUUAAGUCGGUAAACGGAGAAGUAAAUCUGUGAGAAGUGAGUCGAGUCGCGCGGUGAACGGAACGAUAUUAAACGGUGAAGUGAAGGAGGAGAAUCUUUUUGGGUCUGAGGAAGAGUUAUUAAUUUCGAAUGGCUACACAACCUCUCUACUGAAUAGUUUUCAUCUCACUGGGUUUACUUUGUCGUAAGAUAGAUAUUUAACAAUAAUUGUAGCUUUUCCUCUUGUAUUCCGUAACUUUAUAUCGCGUUCUUCUACCGUAUAGAAAGUAUUCGUUAUAUUAAUAAUGAGCGAUGGUAAGAAAGUAGGUGAAAAUUCCAGUACUGAGGUUGUUAACCAAUUUCGAAGCUGUAGGGAUCUUAGUGAUAUCGUACCUCUGUAUACGCAACGCGCGCUUUACUUAAAACCAGUCGCAAAGAUAAAUGUUUCUGUUAAUCUUCCUCAACUAAAAGUAGCAGGAAAGACAAUAUCAACAUGGGAAGUAAUGGAGAAGAUCCGUGCCCUUAUAUUACCGGACCAGUUUGCAUCUCUGAAAGUAGCCAAGAGUACAUUGGAAUUUAUCAGAUUGGAAGGAGAUUUGCAAGACAGAUGCAGACUACAGCGUGUGCUUGCAAGAUUGGAUUCCCAGCGUUUGAACUUGUCUGGAUUCCCCAAUGUGCUAAAAGUCCGUGCAGCAGAAACAAAGGAUGAUUUUCCAACGAGGCAUAGUUGGAAUUCUUAUUUUAGAGAUGCCAAGCAUAUGAAUGAACUAAAACCUGGAGAAAGGCCUGAUACUAUACACAUAACAGGCUUACCUGUUAAAUGGUUCACUGAAGAUGGUGCAACUAUGCCCAGUGAAUCCUUGAUCAAUAAGAUCUUCAAGAAAUGGGGAGUACUUAGAAGAAUAGAUGUACCUGCUGCUGAUCCUUAUAGGUCUAGAAUGCGUCUUGGCACAAAUAUAAAUAAGUUUAGUUAUGAAGAUGGCAUAUUUUUUGAUGCGUAUAUUCAAUAUAUUGAAUAUAUGGAUUUUGUUAGAGCUAUGGAUGCAUUGCGUGGUAUGAAACUUCUUAAAAAAGAAGAAGAAAAAGCAUUUACAGCCUCUAUUAAGAUUACUUUUGAUAAAACAAAACACAUGAGCGAUAGUUCUGUUGCACAUAGAGAAUUUGAAAGAAAACGUCUUAUAGCCCAGGAUACAUUAGCAGCAGAACGACUUCGUAGGAAAGAAGAAGCUGAAGAAAAACGUCGAGAAGAACUAAAGAAGAAAGAAGAAGCUGAUGCAGCAGCUAAAGAAAAUAGACGGAAAAAACGGGAAGAGAAACGAAAACGUAAAGCUAUAACUAUAUUUCGAAAGAAGGAAGAGGAUAAGGUGUCCAUGAAGAUUGCCAGAGAAGGCCAAAAAUUAAUAAAAGCACAAAGGCAACUUGAAAGCAUUCGUUUGUUAGAUGAAUUAUUUGAUAGAAUAAAGAUAAAAGUAGAAAACAAUGAGAUUAAAAUAGAUGAAUUCUCAAACGAUGCAAAAAGGGAAGACAAAAGAAGUAAUAAAGUAGCUGGUACCAUUGAAAUAUUGAGUUCAGAAGAAGAUUCUAAGGAUGAAAAGAAAGAUAAGAAAGUAAAAAAAUCAAAGAAGAGAAAAUCUAAGAAAGAAAAAAAGAAAAAAGUAACAAAUAAACGGAAGAAGGGUGGUAAGGAUUCUGAAAAUUCUGCAAGCCUAAGCGAGGAAUCAGGCGCAGAAGAGCAAACAAAAAAAUUAAAAAGUGUUCUGAAUCAAAAUGUUACAUAUCCAUCAUCGUCAACAGCAUCGUCAACUUUAGAACCUCUUUCUUAUCCCACCCUUUAUCCACGUUUCCCACAACCGUGGUAUUAUGAUGCGCCCCUGCCUGUGAUUUACCCCAGUUUACCGAGAGGUAUAACCAGAGGUGGUCGUUUUCCACGAGGACGGGGUAGGGGAUUUUCAUGGCGUAAUGCUGGAAAUCCUCAUACGUUGCAUACAUUUAAUCCUCAUCUGUAUAACGAACAGUACUACAAAUACUUUGCUCAUUUAGUAGGCCAGGACUAUCAUUCUUUCGACUACAGAAGCUCACGGUCACGUAGUCGUAAAAGAUCGUUCAGCAGAUCUAGAUCGAGAUCUAGAUCAAUAUCGAGAUCGAGGUCUAGAUCGAGGUCAAAGUCACGAUCGAGGUCAAGAUCAAGAUCAAGAUCGAGGUCUUGCUCGAAAUCGAGAUCUAUAUCACGCGGCAAAUUGAGGUCGAAAUCACGUUCACAAUCGAAAUUGAGGUCUGGAUCGAGAUCUCGUAGUAGAAGACAAAGCAGAAGUAGAUCCCGUUCGAAAAGACGACGAGGAAGAUCGAGAUCAAGAUCGAAAUCCGACACUAGAAUGAGAUCGCGACGAUCGAGAUCUAAGAAAAAAUCUCGUUCGAAGAGUCACUCUAAUUCUCGAAACAACAGUAAACAUCCUUAUAGGCGCAGGCGAGAAAGAUCAGUAUCGAAGGUGAAAAUUACAAGAGCUAAAUCUCGUAGUACGUCGCCUAAAAGAAGAUCGCGUAGUAGUACCUGGUCCAUGCCUAAAUCACCUGGCAGAAGAAGCUGUUCUUGGUCAAAAGGGGCAGAAGCUGUGAGCAAUAAAAUGGACACUGUUCAAUCGACAAAUAUAAUGGAGCAAGAAACUGCAAAUAAAGGAGCGCCACAAACCUUUCAUUUGGAAAAUAUAACUUCUGAUUGACAAGAAUCGAAGACCAUUCUUCCACAUUGUGUCUUCAAUGCUCCAGCGUAAGAAAAGCGUAUAGCUAACUCUUUGUACAAAAUCUGUAAGAAAUCCGUGAGUGCGUAAUCCUAAUUGUGUAUAUUCAAGUUUAUAGUAUUUCUUUGACAAAAGAAGAUAUAUAUUUUUAUUCAUGUGCUAGCUCUUCCUAGUUUUAAAGGAUUCCAUAUAUAUAGCAAUAUAUACGAGAGACGAUAUUUAAGUGCAUCACUUAUAUAUGUAUGUGCAAAGUAUUGUUAACGUUCUAAUCCUAUGGAUGUUUGAAUUUUGAAUGUGUAUUGUACAUAUAUCAUGAAUGACAAAGAUUGCUAAAAUAUGCAUUUUUAUCUCAAGAUUGAAAAUAAACCUGUGACAUCGACGUAUUAAAUAUCUGUUGAACCAUCCCAAGUGUAGUAGUACAUUGAUGUCUAUUUUGGUAAAUUGUUUAUUGAUCCAAAUAUAUGUACAUUUUGGAAUACUCUUUAUUGUUACGUAAACCAGACUUCAUCUCUUUAGUUUCUUUUCGGAAAAGAUACAGGAUGCAUCAAAGUAAAAGACAUUGAAAUUCGACUUGCAAAUUUUAUUUGUUUUUCGGCAUGAAAAUGCAUUGGUUCAUAAACAUUGUUAGUCAUUAUACUCCUAUCCUUUCGUAAAGGAUCGAAGAUCGUUUUUUUUUCUUAGCAGCGUUCUUCGGAGAUACACGCUACGAUUAGAGAUUUAUCGACUGGUGCUUCGCUUGAUAUUAAUUAAAUCGCCUAUGAUUAACAAAGAUCAUCGAAAUUCAUCGGUUUUAUUUUCUUUCAUUCUCUAACUUAUUAGUGCCGUGAUUAGCACCGCACGUGCGUAUCCGCUCGACGUAUCGCUUUCUCAAAACACGGUUUUUGUUCAUUUCUUCAUCUUUUUCUCUUUAAAAAUAUGUGCUACAUUUUUUGUUUGUUUGUCUUCUCAUCGCUAUAUUUAAUUAUAUAAUAAUAUGUAUGUAUAUAUAUAAUACAUAUAUAUAUAUACACCUUGCAUCGCCACUCGUAUGUUUCGGAAUAAUAACACCGGUUUGCUCUAUUUUUCCUUUUUAGUUUUACAAUCGAUGCUCGACAAUGAUAUUCAAUCUUAUGAAAGAUUCUUCAUCAUUCGCUCGAAUAUCGUUCACUUUACAAGCGUGUUAUGCCUUGUCUCUUUCCUUUCUUUACUCAUUCAACGUUAUUGGCAUUACUCUUUUUACACUGGUUUCUCAUUUUUUCCGCUUUUUUUUUUCUUGUUUUCUUAAAUCGUCUACCGCUACGGUAUCUUCGGAAUUGAUUAGAUAUUGACUACUUUCAAGAUUCGUUGCGUGGGAAUUGUUUUUUUCUUUUUUAAAUUUAUUCGUUGCACGACGAUAGCGUUCGUUCACUCUCGCAUUAACAAGAUCACAUUGCAAAUUUCCUUCGAUUAGAUAAAAUUAUAAAUUCCUUCUUCCUAUCUUUAUUCUUGCUUACGAUUCCCUUUGUAAAACGAACGCUAUCAUCCGUGUUCAUUGGAUCGGUGAUCAGGGAAACGAGCUUGCUAGAAUUGUACAUGAAGUUAUAAAUAUACAAUACAUUUAGCAAUUAACAGAAGAAUAAUCGAGUCAUAUAAAAAUAAAAACAGUGAACAGUAAUAAAUCGAAUGAGUAUCCAAUUUCGCAGUCCAAUCAUAAAAUUGCAAGGUAAAUCUUUUUUACUUAAAUAUUAUCACAUAAAUACAUUUACCAUUAAUCACUGCAAAAUUGAAUUAAAAUGUUUCGAUUCUAGUGAACAAAAUUCUACAGGAUUGUAAUUAGUCCUCGAAUCACCAAUCCAAUAUUUAUCGAAAUUACAUUGCGUCAUCGUACGCUUCACGCCUAUGGAAUACAGAGGUACCAUAUUUUUUUGUUCAAUCAUGGUUCCAUUCACCACGGUGUUUACAUUCUAUAUGUGAAUCGUCCAUUUUCCAAUGGUAAAGCUUCUAAAGUUUAUUCACGAUCAAUCAUGGUACUAGGUAUAAAGAAUCCUAUGAAACACAAUAGGGCAAUUGAACGUGGAAGAAACAAAGUUCGAAACGAAAGCCUAGAUUUCUGUCCAACGUACAGGUGGUGCGGUUGUUUGUUUAAUUUUUAAUCGAUUCUCAUUCACUCGAUAAACUCGAUAUUAUAAUUAUAUUUGGCUAAAAAUUCACUGGCCCUUUCAAGUAUCGUCGCUAAUUUAUUUUCUCUUCUAAAAAGUUUCUAUCUAGUUUCACUUUUUAUUCUCCUGCCGAUUGUUCGCUUUUUUUCGUUUUUUCUUUUUUACAAUCGAUAGUUCAAGUAACAACGGUAUUUUGUGAACGGUUUUCGAUAGAAAAUUAGCAAGAAAUAUAGAUUUCUCUCAGUUCCUCUAAAUUCAGUGGAUACACUGAACGUUUGGGAAAUGAACGACCCAAAGAUUUACAAUUUGUUCGCAGUUGAGCAAGCAUCAUGUGCUUUUUCAUCGCCAGUAAUCGUUCAGCAAUGUACAAGUGCUAACGUGGCACCCUGUGGGUUACUCGUUCGUAAUCUAGACCUCUUUCGAUGGGCUGUCACACUGAAAGGACACACAGAAGAUGCAGCCUGUACACGAUAGGAGUUCUACUUUGAAAAGCUCCUCCUCAUUCACGAGACCGGAAACCGUAAAAGCGAUGUACGAUAUCUCUUCACGUGCUAUCGAACAUGAAAAGGAUGAUCGAGGAAGAUUGGAUGAACAAAUUCUUAUUUGUGCCAUGAAAAAUUUCGUAUAUAAAUUUGUCUAUUCUUAAGUUGAAUUUUUUUUUUU